GUGGUCGUUUUUGGUCGUAAAAGUCCCCUUUCCUAUCUUCUUGUGUUUUGUUUUGUUUUAGUGCCAACUCAUCUAUUAUUAUAAUUAUACAGAGGAAGAGGAUGCAAGGAGAAGGAAGACUACGACUAAGGGUGGGGGGCAAAAACACAACUGGAUGAUAUCUAUAGACCGAAUUAGUCACUUACCUGAUGAAAUUCUUGUUAGUAUAUUGUCUCUAUUGUCGCUCAAGGAAGCAGCAGUUACUAGUCUCCUUUCUAAGCGAUGGCAGCACCUAUGGGCUUCUACUGACACUCUUAACUUUGAUUCUAAGUUGGAUGUUGGUAACAAUAUUCUCCGCUUUAGACGCCUCACACCAGAGUUAAGACACAAGAAAAGCCGUCGAUAUGUCGAUUGGGUGAGUCGUGUAAUGGAACAACAUAAAGGUCCAAACAUGAAACGAUUCAGGGCUUGUUUUUAUCUUGAUCGUCGUUUCACCACUUCCAUUGACAGAUGGAUUCAAAUUGCAAUGACAAAGGGAGUUGAAGUUUUUUUUUAGGACGGGGUCAUUGACAAAGGUCACUAUGCUUUUCCUUACAAAGUAUUAGGUCUUGAAAAAGUACCUAAUUGUUUUGGACACAAUAUUAUUGGUUUUAAGUCGCUCAAAGUAGUUAAUUUCAAACAUGUUGAUGUGGCUGGAGAAAUUCUCGAGUACUUGUUGUCUGACUGUCCAGGUCUUGAACAGUUAACAGUGUAUGCUUCCUCAAAUUUGGCAAAUCUAAGAGUUGUUGGUUCAUCAUCGGUUGCAUUGAAGUACCUAGCGAUAAAACAUUGUUGUCGCCUCGAAAGCAUUCAGAUUCGUGAAGCAGCAAACCUUGUUUCCUUUAUUUACCAUGGAGGUUCGGUACGCUUGCUUCUCAGUGAUGUACCGUUGCUCACUGAAGUAUCCAUUGAAGAGGUUGACUGGGGUGUUGAUUCGAAAAGGGUUGUGUUGCCUCAACUUUCAUGCUGUCUUUCUCAGCUAGAGAUUCUCAUGUUGAAUAUCACCCCAAUGACACUGGUUAGUUAG